AAUUCCCUCCCCCAGAACAAAGAUGGCUCCCUUAGCCCCGGAUGUCGUCAACGAAAUCGAGCCCGGAUAUGGCAAUCAGCUUCCCCCUGGUGCCUGUCGCCUGGGGGUGAGAUCGGUCGCAGAGUGCUCCGAAAAAAGGUUUCAGCCAGAUCGGUAAUGCGUUUCAGGAAGACUUUUUUUGCUUUGAUUAAGGACUGACUGGGACGGCAACGUGUUUUUUGUUUUGUUUUUUCAACCUCCAACCAAAAUUUCAGCCACCAUCGGAAAUGAGGCCGGAAUUCGGACGGGCGGUGCUGCAUGUAGGCGCAGCCUGCUGUUUGUGUGUCGCCACUGUCAGUGCUGGGGUUUUUGACGCUGUCUUCACCGAGGUGGGCUACGAGCAUUAUGCGGAAACCCCGGUAGCCGGCUUGCCUUCUUUCCUAGCCAUGCCCUUCAAUUCCCUCGUCAACAUAGGCUACCUGCUGCUGGGUUGGUACUGGCUCCACAAAAACACCAAGGCCCCGGGAAACAAAGAGGAAGGACCAAGGGCGCGUUACCUGAAGGAUGUCUUUGCCACCAUGGCCCUGGCCUACGGUCCAGUCCAGUGGGUGCGGAUCUGGACUCAAACGCACCGUUCCGCGAUCUUGGACCAGUGGUUCACCUUGCCCAUUUUUGCGUGGCCGAUUGCUUGGUGCCGCUUCGUGGAGGAGGGCUGGAAGCCCCAGACUUUCUUCCUCAUCGAAUGUGUCUCGCUGUCUAGUUACUGCCUCGCCCUUUUGCACCGGCAGGGAUUUGAGUUGGCCUUGGGAUGUCACAUCCUGCUAGCUGUGUGGCAUGCUUGGCGGGCACAGCAGUGCCACGGAAAUGCCUACUCUGCUUCGUCCAUGACCCUGGCUGUGCUCUCCUGCCUGGGCUUUGUGGUCCUCAAGCUAGGUGACCAUUGGCUCUCCCAGUGGCUUCUUUUUCGGCAGAUGACCGGACACUUCUGGUCCAAAGUUUGUGAUGUCUUGCAGUUCCAUUUUGCCUUCCUGUUCCUGACCAACUUAAAUAAUUCCCCACAGAGAAAGAAGCUGUAAAAAGGGCAGCUGUGGCUUGAAGAACCUGCCUUUUGAUGACAGACCACUCAGAUUUCCCUUGCAUCUUGUGGCCGUGUACCUCCACAAUCAUUAACAUGGAUAAACAAUGAAGCAAACUAGCUGAGCUGAACUUGUCCUCUGAGAGCAAAGAUAAUAAAAUACAAGUUUAUACAUAAAA